AUGGUAGAUGUAGAAGUUGUGAAUAAAAGAGCUAAAUGCAGAUAUUGUCCUAAAUCUAAACUUCGUCUUGGAGAUUAUGCAUGUGAUAGUGGAAAAAAUGGCACUUUGGGAAUGAUAAGUCAUAUUAGAAAAUAUCGCAAAUACUACCCACCUAACCAAGAUAAAACGCAAAAGAUCGUUACUGGUGAUAGGAGUCAGAGUAACAAAAUGGUUGCUAGGGAAAAGAACGGUUUUAGGAGGUUUUGUAGUGUUAUUUGUCCAAUGUUUGAAGUGCCUAGUAGGAGAAAAACAGUGAGGCAGUUUCUUAAAAUGUAUGAUGCACAAAAAGAGCAGCUGAAGAAUGAUUUAAGUGCACAUAGGAUCAACCUCAUGACUGACACUUGGACAAGUGUCGAAAACACCAUUACAUGGUGCUCAAUGAACACUUCAUAG